UCUUUUGUCGGUGGUUAAAUAUUAGUAGAAAACAGUUAAAAUAUGUUACGCAUCAAACAACUACAGAAUAAAUUAUUUGAGGCCCAGGAACAAAUAGACGGUUUGAUGAGUGAAAAUCGAUUAUUGAAAAUUAUGGAGAGACGGCAAGAAAACGCACUAUCUAAAUACGAGGGUGCACACGCUCAACUGCCUCAGGUGAUUAAAUCGUACAGUGCAGAUAUUCGGACACUUCAGACUCGACUGAAGACUAUGAAAAAUUCAUACAGAGAACUGGAGGACAGAAAUCGCUUGAUUAGUACUGAGCUAUUGGAUGUUCAAAAACAACAUAAACACUUGUUGGACUUGACCAAGAACAAACAGCUCGGCGAAAGGGAGAAAUUGUCGAAUCAGCUCGAAGAAGCGGAAAACACAAUUAAACAGCAAGAGACAAAAUAUCAGAAUUUAUUGAACAAACUCGAACUUCUAAAUAAGAACCACCGAAAUCAAAUAAACGUAGAGAUAAGCAAAAAUAAGGCUCUUCAGAUGGAAUUAAACCGUUUAAUGGAAACAAACGACCAACUACUAUCAAAAAUUGAAAAACUCAAAUACCAAAGUUAUGGUGGCAGACAGAGCUACGCAUUUGGAGUAAACCAACGUAUUGCACCUAAAUCCAGGUCUACGGUAAUUUCUAAGAACUCAUUAGUUGACGUCAUCGGUGUCGUCGUUGAUCGAAAGCCAUCGUCGGAAGUCCACGUGAAAACGGUGAAACCUGAAUUGGUUCACGGCGAGUCCGAGAUCAGCGAUCACACCAAAGACCUUCAAAAGAAUUUAAUGAGGCAAGUACACGAGGAUGUGAUCAAUAAACCGAACAUGUUAGUAAAUGAUAAAAUGGAAUCGCCUCAUUUGAAUUCUGGAAUAACUGAACUGAUGAAGAAAAAAGAUUUAUCUGACGAAUUCGACGAAAGUGUCGUGCAGCAGAUUGAACCCAGUGAGGCUGACAAUCCUUUUUCUUUGUCAAAGACUAGUGGAAUAAAGUUGACCGGAGAACAUAAAUCGGUGACAAACUUGAAAAUUAAAGACGAAGAAUUAACUAAUACCGGUGAAGAUUACUUGCAAAAAGACGAUAAUUCCUGCUCAGAUGAUGAUGAUGAUGAUGAUGAUGAUGACGAUAUGAGUAGUGCAUCAUUUGUUAGUAAUUCUGAUGAAUAGAUAUACCUACGUUUAAUUUUAGUUUUAUAGGUUUUGAGCGAAAAAAGAAAUGUAUUACCGCAAUG